AUAAUGAUUCCACAUGAAAACCGAACCAGUGAGGCUAUGUAUAACAAAAUGAACAUCUCAGAACUCAGUGCAAUGAUUCCCCAGUUUGACUGGCUGGGCUAUAUCAAGAAAGUCAUUGAUACCAGACUCUACCCACACUUGAAAGACAUCGGUCCCUCGGAGAAUGUGGUGGUCCGCGUCCCACAAUACUUUAAAGAUUUAUUUAGGAUAUUAGGUUCUGAGAGGAAGAAAACCAUUGCCAACUAUUUGGUGUGGAGAAUGGUUUAUUCCAGAAUUCCAAACCUCAGCAGGCGCUUUCAGUAUAGAUGGCUGGAAUUCUCAAGGGUAAUCCAGGGGACGAUGACUCUGCUGCCUCAGUGGGACAAAUGUGUAAACUUUAUUGAAAGUGCCCUCCCUUACGUUGUGGGGAAAAUGUUUGUGAACGUUCACUUCCAGGAAGAUAAGAAGGAGAUGAUGGAAGAAUUGAUUGAGGGUGUUCGCUGGGCCUUUAUUGACAUGCUGGAGAAAGAAAAUGAAUGGAUGGAUGCAGGAACAAAAAGGAAAGCUCAAGAAAAGGCAAGAGCUGUUUUGGCAAAAGUUGGCUAUCCAGAAUUUAUAAUGAAUGAUACUCAUGUUAAUGAAGACCUCAAGGCAAUGAAAUUUUCAGAAUCGGACUACUUUGGCAAUGUGCUGCAAACCCGCAAAUAUUUAGCCCAGUCUGAUUUCUACUGGCUCAGAAAAGCUGUUCCCAAAACAGAGUGA